AUGUCUUAUAUUAAUUGUACUGUCAAAGAUCAAAAAAAUUUAUAUGAUGGAUAUAAUGAAACAUUCGAUACAAAUAUAUUAGAUGAUGAUAAAGUUGUUGAUGAAUUGGAAGAAAUUAUUGAAGAAGAUGGUGGAAAUAUUAUUGAUUUUCAUUCUUGUGAAUUAUUUCCAGAACAAGAAGCAAAAGAAUCUUAUUCAGAAGAAAUUGUUGUAGAAUUGCAAAGUAAUAAUACAGAUGAUAUUGAAAAUAAUCUAUCAAGAAUUGAAGAAUGGAUAAAAAACUGGAAAAUUUUGAAUAAUAACAAUUAA